AUGUUCUGCUUCUCACUCUCAAAUCGGCACAUGUACCUCUUUCUACUUCAUCAUCUUCUUCGUUCCAACUCUGUCAUGGCGCCGCUGUCGAGCUCUCAACGUCGAAGCAAAAGAUUCAUCUCCGCCUCUCCUUUGCUUCGUCAUCUCUCUUAUCGACCAGAGACACUUCAAGUUUGGUUGUGGAUGAGAACGGAAAUGACGAGGGACAACAUGGCUGAUUUUGGAGUAGCUUGGACAGGUUUGGACAGAAGGGCUAUGCUUGUUUUUAUUCUGGUUUUUUGGGACAACAAGAUUUUGGUUCUCACAGAUUUUGGCAGAAGAAUCAGUGUGGACAAGGUUAAGGUUGUAGCAAGCAUUAUGUUGAAGAUUUGGAUAGCAUGGACUUAG